UCUGCUCUUGUUGAAGUUUUUCAGUCUCAUCUCGAACUCCACCAGACCACCAUCAUGAAAUUUGUUGCUCUCGCUCUCGCCCUUUUGCUGGCAGUCGGCUCUCAUGCCGCUUCCCUGCAGGCCGAUGCACCAAACCAGCUGGACCACAUCCGUUCAGUUAUGAAUGUGUACAUGGCUCAGGUGAAGGACAGUGCCAACAAAGCCCUGGACCACCUCGAUGACGCCGAGUACAGUGAGCUCAAGACCCGCGUGUCUGGCCGCAUUGAGGAGAUGUUCAACCAGAUCAAGGCUCUGCAGGUUAGCGUGGCCCCCAUCACUGACACCGUGGUCACCACCAUCUCUGACGCCACCGCCGACUUCCGCUCCUCCGUCAUGACUGACAUCGACAACCUGAAAGCCGACCUGGAGCCCAAGCGUGUUGCCCUGAAGGAGGUCCUCGACAGGCACAUUGAUCAGUACUACCAAGCCCUUGAGCCCCUCAUCACAGAGUACUCCAGCAAGCACCAGGCAGAUAUGGAAGUCCUGAGGGUCAAGAUGGAGCCCAUUGUGGAAGACAUGCGCAACAAGGUGAUGACCAACGUUGAGGAGACCAAGGACGCCCUGAUGCCCAUUGUGGAAGCUGUGCGUACCAAGCUCUCUGAGCGCCUGAACCAGCUGAAGGUGAUGGUUAGCCCCUACGUCACGGAAUACAAGGAUCAGCUGAAGCAGGCCUACGACCAGGCACAUGGCAUCAACACCGAUGACCUCGCUGCCCUGAAGGAGAAGAUUACACCUCUGGCUGAUGACAUCAAGAUAAAGCUCAACUCCAUCUUCGAGAUCGUGGCUGCUUCUAUCAACAAGAGCUAAAUCCUUUCUACCUUGUUCCUGUAACUAAUCUCACCUACCUAUCAGUCCUAGACCCAUUCCACCUUUCUCUCCAUUCCUUCUUUUCAUAAAAGCGCAGCCAGACCACCUCCCAAAAUGAAGCCGGUUGCCUAACUUGUUGCAUUUCUUUGCAACAAAAUGGCGGGACUCUUGCUCUCUCUCUACUCUCCGAUGCAAACACCUUGCUUUUUGCGCUCAUGCUCAAGCACAUGCAAGCAACAGACACACACAAACUCAGCACACACAUGCUUUACUCUUUGCACACCGCGAGCCAACUGCUUACGUUUUGUGUAGAAAUUGUAUGUGAGUGCCUGAAACUCUGUGUAAUGAUGCUUGUAUGAUAAAAACUGUGCUUCGACGAAAUACAACUCAAUAAACAAAUGACUUGUUUAUACUAA